CCCGGAGGGGCCGGGGCCGGGUCACGGCGGGCUGACUGGUCCCGGGGAGCUGAGACUGCUGGACCCGAAGACGGAGGUGCACGUCCGGCGGUCGCCUGGCGCCGGGAGGAGGCUGAGGGGACCAUGUCUGGGAGGAACUUCCACCUCUCCACCACCGAACGCGUCAUCAAAGCUGUCCCCUUUCCUCCAACCCAACGGCUUACUUUGAAGGAAGUAUUUGAGAAUGGGAAACCUAAAAUUGAUAUCUUAAGAAACCAUUUGGUGAAGGAAGGGCGACUGGAAGAGGAAGUAGCCUUAAAGAUAAUCAAUGAUGGGGCUGCUAUCCUGAGACAAGAGAAGACUAUGAUAGAACUAGAUUCUCCAAUCACAGUGUGUGGUGACAUUCAUGGACAAUUCUUUGACUUGAUGAAGUUGUUCGAAGUUGGAGGAUCACCUACUAACACACGCUACCUCUUUCUGGGUGACUAUGUGGACAGAGGCUAUUUCAGUAUAGAGUGUGUGCUGUUUUUGUGGAGUUUAAAGAUUAAUCAUCCCAAAACAGUGUUUCUGCUUCGAGGAAAUCAUGAGUGCAGGCAUCUUACAGAAUAUUUCACCUUCAAACAGGAAUGUCGAAUCAAAUAUUCUGAACAGGUGUAUGAUGCGUGUAUGGAGACAUUUGACUGUCUUCCUCUUGCUGCCCUCUUAAACCAGCAGUUUCUGUGUGUACAUGGAGGGAUGUCGCCUGAAAUUACUAGUUUAGAUGACAUUAGGAAAUUAGACAGGUUUAAAGAACCUCCAGCCUUUGGGCCAGUGUGUGACCUGCUUUGGUCUGAUCCCUCAGAGGAUUAUGGCAGUGAAAAGACCUUGGAGCACUAUACCCACAACACUGUCCGAGGGUGCUCUUAUUUUUACAGUUACCCUGCAGUUUGUGAAUUUUUGCAGAACAAUAAUUUGUUAUCAAUAAUCAGAGCCCAUGAAGCCCAAGAUGCUGGGUAUCGAAUGUACAGGAAGAGCCAAACAACAGGCUUUCCAUCACUCAUUACAAUUUUCUCUGCCCCCAAUUACCUAGAUGUCUAUAACAAUAAAGCUGCUGUGUUAAAAUAUGAAAACAAUGUCAUGAAUAUCAGGCAGUUUAACUGUUCUCCACACCCCUACUGGCUUCCAAACUUUAUGGAUGUUUUCACAUGGUCUUUGCCUUUUGUUGGGGAAAAAGUCACAGAGAUGCUGGUUAACGUUCUCAACAUAUGCUCUGAUGAUGAAUUGAUUUCCGAAGAUGAAAUUGAAGAUCACUACAUUUCAAGCUAUCGGAAAGGAGGCACUACAGUUCGAAAGGAGAUCAUCAAGAAUAAAAUCAGAGCCAUUGGGAAGAUGGCACGGGUCUUUUCAAUUCUGCGGGAAGAGAGUGAGAGUGUGCUGACUCUCAAGGGCCUGACGCCUACAGGGACACUCCCUCUAGGUGUCCUCUCAGGAGGAAAGCAGACUAUUGAGACAGCCACAGUAGAAGCGGUAGAGGCCCGGGAAGCCAUCAGAGGGUUUUCGCUUCAGCACAGGAUCCGGAGUUUUGAAGAAGCCCGAGGACUGGACCGAAUUAACGAACGGAUGCCACCCCGAAAAGACAGCCAGUACCCUGACGGGCCAGUGAGACUGCCGGCACAGCCCAGCGCUGCGCACAGGAGCGACAGGGGGAGAAGAGCCAACAAUGACACAGAGCCCUGCUGUGGCACAGGUGGAUCGAAAACUUAA